UUCUAUUCGAAUAAAAACGAAGGUCCUAUAGCGGUGGCGCUUAAAAUUAAUUUUACACAAAAUUGACGGAAGUUCACUAGCUGCCAUUUGUAGUGUAGUGUGGUGUGGUGAAGCUUGGACGUGGUGAAUGGUGAACGUAACCGGGUCCUAGUAUAAGGAAAGUGUUGUGUUACUGGUGUUUUGGGAAUAGCAUGCGAAUGUUGCGAUUAAAACCUGAAAUUAUGGACGAUGACGAAAAGGGCAAGCUCUUUGUCGGAGGACUAUCCUGGGAGACAACCCAGGAUAACUUACAGAGAUAUUUUUCAAGGUAUGGAGAAGUAAUUGACUGCGUUGUUAUGAAAAAUGCCGAAUCAGGAAGGUCCAGAGGUUUUGGGUUUGUUACAUUUUCUGAUCCUGCAAAUGUAACCCAUGUUUUGCAGAAUGGACCUCACACUCUUGAUGGAAGAACAAUUGAUCCUAAACCAUGCAAUCCACGGACUUUGCAAAAACCAAAAAAGGGUGGAGGAUAUCCUAAAGUGUUUUUGGGUGGUUUGCCAUCGAAUGUGACGGAGACUGACCUCAGAAGUUUCUUUACACGGUUUGGAAAGGUUAUGGAAGUUGUCAUAAUGUAUGACCAAGAAAAGAAAAAAUCGAGGGGAUUUGGAUUCUUAUCAUUCGAAGAUGAUGAAGCUGUUGACCGAUGUGUAUCGGAACAUUUUGUUAAUUUAAAUGGAAAACAAGUUGAAAUAAAAAAAGCUGAACCACGAGAUGGUUCAGGUGGAACUAAAAUGGGAGGGGAUCCAUCAUCAGCUUGGGGACCCCCUCAAGCUCCUAUGGGAAUGAUACAAGGUCCAAAUGGCCAGAUGGGCGGGCCACCAAUGAGCAUUGGUGCUCCUAUGGGUCCCAAUAUGAUGCAGAGUUAUCAAGGUUGGGGUACAUCUCCACAACAGCAGAGCUAUGCUGGAUACGGUUGGGGUACAUCUCCACAACAGCAGAGCUAUGCUGGAUACGGUACUCCUUCAGGGCCAGGAUCAUAUCAAGGUUGGGGUGCACCACCAGCACCUCAAGGACCUCCACCACAAUGGGGAAACAAUUACGGUGGACCACCUCAGCAACAGGGUUAUGGGUCAUAUGGUGAGUAUGGUCCUAAUGCAGGCAGUGGAGCAGCAAGUUGGAAUAGUUGGAACAUGCCACAAAAUAGUGGAUCAACUGCACCAUCCGGGUAUAUUGCAGGGGAUAUGUACUCUAGGGGCCAAUCUGGUCCCGGUGGUCCUGCCACUCCCAGCGCACCUCCAAAUAUGUCAAACUCUGCAACAAACUCCAAACCGGGAUCAGACUACAACUAUGCCAGUUAUGGAUCAUAUUCAGCUGAUGGCUAUGGAGCUCCUCCAAGGUCAUAUGGUAGCGAUGCUGGAUCACAAGUUGGAGGAUAUUCGUCACAACCACCCAAUGCAGGUUAUUCAGCAGCCGGAGGAGAUUAUGUCAAUGGCCCACAGCGAGGAAGUGGUUAUGGCGUUGUUCAAUCGUACCACCCAUAUCGGAGAUAAUUUUCAAAAUUCCAUUCCCAAUGUUUUCAUCUGACUACUCGUUAUUGAAACGUUAUUAUUCACAAAACUGAAUUCAUUUGAGGGUCAACUACUUUGCCAAAACAUGAAUAAGUUUAGAGAUAAACUAAACCAUUAUAUAUUUAUCAAAACAUAUUAACGAGAAAUUAACAGCUAACAAUGAAAAAAAGUGUUAAAUAAAAAGAAGAGUAAUUGCCCAUCAACUUUUUAUGUAACAAUUUUUUUUGUUCAACACUAAUAAACUUUUGAAUUAUUGCCGCCUAGCUAUCCUCCUUGACUUUAAAUUAUAUCAUUAGUUUAAACAAAGAAUUGAGCUUUUUUAUGUGACAUACUUUGAUAUGUAUAAAUAU